AUGUUCGCAAACAAACCAAGUGAAACUUUGUCAUCAACGGAGAAAUCUGACCAAACACCAGCUCAUGUCAGAGACUCAUCCGAUAUCCUCCAUGAACACAACGUCGAUCCCCUGCUCGGGCUUUCUUUCGGUAGGGUCGAUCAGCUGCAGAAGGAAUUCGGACCCAACAGAUUAAAACCCCCGCCCAAACCAUCUUUGCUGAAGAUAUUCGGUACUCAGAUCGGAAAUGCUAUGACACUCGUUCUGAUAGCUGCAAUGGCUGUCUCCUUUGGUACACAAGACUGGAUUGAAGCAGGCGUCAUUGCUGCUCUCGUUAUCCUCAACGUCACUGUCGGAUUUACCCAGGAGUGGAAGGCUGAAAAGACUGUUGCUGCCCUCGAAAGUGUAGGAAGUCCUACCGCUGUUGUCGUACGGCACGAUGCUUCAAACAAAGGUCAUGAAGGAAAAAUUAUCGAUGUUCAAACCGACGAAGUUGUUCCAGGCGAUAUUAUGAUGGUUAAAAUUGGAGAUGUUAUUCCUGCUGAUGGAAGAGUUAUUGCCAAUCACAUAUCCAACCUCGAAGUAGACGAAGCCUUAUUGACUGGUGAAUCUCUACCCGUCGCUAAGCAAACUGAAACACUCGAUGACAAAACAUGCCCUGUUGGUGAUCGUCUUAACAUGGUUUUCUCCGGUAGUCAGGUGACAAAAGGUAGAGCUAGAUGCGUAGUCACUUCAAUUGGAAUGAAUACUGAGCUUGGUUCUAUAUCUGAAGCUUUGGCAACAAAAGCUGAUUCUAAAAAGCGCGGUUGGAGAAGAUUUUGGGAGAAAACGCAGGUUUUCUUAGGUGUAAAGGGUACAACCCCACUUCAAAUAAAAUUGAACAAGUUGGCCUACUUGCUUCUUGCAUUAGCAAUCAUAUUUGCCAUCGUCGUCGUCAGCUCAACUGGAUACGUUGACAUUCCAGAUUCCACGGCAACUUAUGCAGUUGCUACUGCUAUUUCUGUUUUGCCUGCUUCGCUCAUUGCUGUAGUUUCGCUAACACUUGCAACAUCUUCAAGAGAGUUAGCUAAGAGGAACGCAUUAGUUCGUAAGAUGGAUGCAAUCGAAACGUUGGCAGGUGUAACAGAUAUCUGUUCAGACAAGACUGGUACUAUCACUGUCGGAAGAAUGGUUUUAAAGAAGGCUUGGGUGCCUUCACGUUCUGAAUCAACGGACACCAAAGUCGGACAAAUCUAUGCCGUUGAAUCGGGUAAAGAUCCUUACUAUCCAAGAGGCACAAUACAAGCACAAGAUAACAACGCCGACGACAAUGAGAGUGACGUAUCAGAUAGCGACGUCGUUCAUGUAAAUGAAUUGGAUUCUUCAUUUCAGGAACUCGUUCAGUCGGCUGCACUCAACAAUAUGGCAACAAUAUCAGCUGGUGAUGAAGGAGGCGAAUGGGACGCCAAAGGGGAUCCAACAGAGAUUGCCUUACAAGUGUUCUCUCAUAAGGCUGGUCAUGGUAAACCUCAUUUGACACAUCAACCUAAGCAUAGAGCAAAGAAGGAAGAUCAUCCUGCGCCUAGGGCUGAUGUAAAGGGUCACUUUGAGAUGUUAAUCGAACAUCCCUUCGAUUCAUCUAUCAAAAGAAUGACUACUGCAUGGAAAUUCGUUGAUGCUCAGAAUGCCGACGAUUCCAAGCAACAUGUCUUCAUUUAUAUGAAAGGUGCAGUCGAGAGGGUGCUAGAAAGAUGUACACAUGUUUCAAUAGGUGAUAAAUCAAUUGAGAUGACAGAAGAUGCCAAAGAUGACAUCAUAAAAAAGAUGGACCAGUUGGCAGCUGAAGGAUUGCGUGUUUUGGCUCUUGCUGGUAGAACGGACCGUCUUUCCAAUGCUCAGACUGUGAAGGAAACUAAGAGAGACGAUGUAGAAAAAGGGUUUGGUCUGUUAGGCUUAGUUGGUAUAUUUGAUCCGCCAAGACCUGAGUCUAAAGGGGCUGUCUACGAUUCAAGGCGAGCAUCGAUAGUCGUAAGAAUGCUUACGGGUGACCAUGCAGCAACAGCCGCAUCGAUCGCGAUGUCAGUGGGCAUCCUAGAUAAGAAUCACUCCAAAUCUGCUGUAAUGACUGGCCAACAAUUCGAUGCAAUGACUGAUGAAGAGGUAGAUGCACUUGAAGAGCUCCCCGUGGUGGUAGCGAGAUGUGCUCCUGAAACUAAGACUGGAUUCGUUGAUGCCUUACAUCGUCGAAAACGUUUAACUGUUAUGACUGGCGACGGUGUGAACGAUUCACCUGCCCUUAAGAGAGCCGAUGUUGGAGUUGCAAUGGGACUCAAUGGCUCAGAUGUUGCAAAGGGUGCUGCCGAUAUCGUUCUGGCAGACGACAACUUCUCUACUUGUGUUCGUGCAGUCAGAAAGGGUAGAUCGGUUUUUACAAACUUAUCAAAAUUUUUAGUCUACUUACUUGCUGGUAACGUUGCGGAGGUCUUGGUGUUGCUUAUCGGGUUGGCUAUUCGUUCUGACGGCAAUGCUGUCUAUCCUAUCUCACCAGUUGGUGCACUCGUAAUAAACACUCUUACAAUCGGUCCAGUAGCUUUCGCGCUCGGUAUCGAACCAACAGCAGACGACACGAUGCUUCAACCACCUAGCAACUUCUUCACUAUAUUCACACCUACAUGGUUCCUGGAUCUAUCCUCUUAUGGAUUUGUUUCGGGUGCACUCUGUUUUGCUAAUUACAUCAUCGUCAUCUAUGCAAGAAACGACGGUAAUGAAGAUGUCUCUGCCAAUUGCAAUGAGGGUGCUGUCAACAGUGAAUGUGAAGUCAUAUACAGAGCAAGAGCUGCAGCAUAUGCCUCACUAUUGCUCAUGCUGAUGAUCCUUGCAUUUGGCUGCAAACAUACAACUCGCAGUGUUUUCAAGAUGAAUCUGCUUGACAACAAGCUCCUCAUUUGGUCAGCUGGGCUGCUAUCGCUCAGUGUCUUCCCGGUUAUCUACAUUCCUGUGAUCAAAGAUCGUGUCUUCCAGGUCACUGGUAUUGGAUGGGAAUGGGGAAUGAUUGCAGCAACCGUUUUGAUAUUCUUCGGGUACUUGGAAUUAUACAAAGCUAUAAGAAGGUUAUAUAUUAGAAGAUCUAUCAAGAAAGCUGAUGUGGAGAAUUUCAAUGAAAAGGAAAUUCGACUUGCACCAACAAUGGAACCUAAAACUAUUUAA